UUGGCAUUCUGCUGGAUAUACGUUCGUAAAUACCAGAGUCAACGGGAAAGUGAAGUUGUCUCCACUAUCACAGCAAUUUUUUCUCUGGCAAUUGCACUUGUCACUUCAGCACUUCUUCCAGUGGAUAUUUUUUUGGUUUCUUACAUGAAAAAUCAAAAUGGUACAUUUAAGGAUUGGGCUAACGCGAAUGUCAGCAGACAGAUUGAGGACACUGUAUUAUAUGGUUACUAUAGUAAAACUAUUAAACAGAAUUUUUUUCUUAUCUUUAGUGCUUUUGUUCCAUUGAGUGUUCCCAGUAACAAAAAUUCUACAGAGUGGGAAAAAGUGAAAUUCCUGUUUGAAGAACUUGGAAGUAGUCAUGGUUUAGCUGCAUUGUCUUUUUCCAUUAGUUCUCUUACCUUGAUUGGAAUGUUGGCAGCUAUUACUUACACAGCCUACGGCAUGUCAGCAUUACCUUUAAAUCUGAUAAAAGGCACUAGAAGUACUGCUUAUGAACGUUUAGAAAACACUGAAGACAUUGAAGAAGUAGAGCAACACAUUCAAACAAUUAAAUCAAAGAGCAAAGAUGGUCGACCUUUGUCAGCAAGGGAUAAACGCGCCUUAAAACAAUUUGAAGAAAGGUUACGAACACUUAAGAAAAGAGAGAGGCACUUGGAAUUCAUUGAAAACAGCUGGUGGACAAAAUUUUGUGGCGCUCUACGUCCCCUGAAGAUCAUUUGGGGAAUAUUUUUCAUCUUAGUUGCAUUGCUGUUUGUAAUUUCUCUCUUCCUGUCAAAUUUGGAUAAAGCUCUUCAUUCAGCUGGAAUAGAUUCUGGUUUUAUGAUAUUUGGAACUAACCUGAGUAAUCCAUUGAAUAUGCUUUUACCUGUACUACAGACAGUUUUUCCUCUUGAUUAUAUUCUUAUAACAGUUAUUAUUAUGUACUUUAUUUUUACUUCGAUGGCAGGAAUUCGAAAUAUUGGCAUAUGGUUCUUUUGGAUUAGAUUAUAUAAAAUCAGAAGAGGUAGAACAAGGCCCCAAGCACUCUUAUUUCUGUGCAUGAUACUUCUGCUUAUUGUCCUUCACACUAGCUACAUGAUAUAUAGUCUUGCUCCACAGUACGUUAUGUAUGGAAGCCAAAAUUACUUAAUAGAGAACAGUACUACUUAUGGUGACCAUAAAGGCAAUUCAACCAUUUCUGUGCCCAAGAGAUGUGAUGCUGAUGCUCCUGAAGAUCAAUGUACUGUUACCCGGACAUACCUAUUUCUUCAUAAGUUCUGGUUCUUUAGUGCUGCAUACUAUUUUGGUAAUUGGGCCUUUCUUGGGGUAUUCUUGAUUGGAUUAAUUGUAUCCUGUUGUAAAGGGAAGAAAUCAGUCAUUGAAGGAGUAGAUGAAGAUGACUCAGACAUAAGUGAUGAAGAACCCUCUGUCUAUUCUGUCUAACAACAUGUGUCUUAAAGCUGACUGAAAACCUAGUAUGCGUUUUUAAAGUGUUAAGCUAACAUUAAGAUGAUCUUACUAGCUUUCAUAAAAAAUGAGAGCAUGGCUAUUAAAAGAACUAUAUUUUUUAUGUUUUCUUGAAAUUACUGUAUAAUAGAUUCACAAUAAAAUUACUAAAAUAAUACUGUGUAUAUACAACUGGCUUUGUGAAGGAAUGUUUGUGGAAAAAAAUUUCUCUAAUGUAUAAUAGUGUUGAAUUGAUUAAAAAUCUUCCAGUAUUAAUAUUUCCUUCUGUUUAUUUUUAAAAAUAUAAUAAAUCAUUUUAUUUGU